GAAGACAUAAUAAAAUCAACAGAUUGGGAAAACAGAGGAAUAUGUAUUAACGGAAAAUACCUAAAUCACCUUAGAUAUGCGGAUGAUAUACUCCUGAUCUCCUCGGAACGACAAGAACUGGAAUUAAUGCUGAAUGAACUUCAUGAAAAAUCACUGCAAAAAGGCCUAAAAAUUAACUUCACCUACGGAGCACAGACAUGGACAUUUACACAGGUCAAUUUGGAUAGGAUAAGGAAGGCACAUAGAGCGAUGGAGAGACAAAUAUAGAAAACGUAACCAGUGGAUCAGAACCAGAACAAAGACAGUAGACGCGAUAGAACAAGCAGUAAAACUGAUAUGGAAAUAGGCUGGACACAAUGAACGUUUCCAAGACGGACGAUGGAACAAUACCAUCGGAAAGUGGCGUCCAUACAAUGCAAAGAGAUCAAGAGGCAGACCACAGAUGAGGUGGAAAGAUGACAU